CAUCAACUUCACCAAAGGCCCAAAUGUGGCAUAUUGGGAAUCCAGAAUAUCGUCACUUUUGUUCACUGAAAGAAUGUGCCCUUUUGCUUAAUACCAGUGAGAGUCCCAUUGCAGAGACAGUUAUGGUGACUAGUGCUGUAUUUCCAGCUCCAAUGAAGAAUUCUCCCUGUGAGCUUCAGAUAUCGUGGCUCCUCCAAGGCAAAUUGCUUGGAGAUGUCUCCUUUGUCCUUGUUGAGAACAAGACUGGAAAAGAGCAGAGCAGAAAGCUCUGGCACUUGAAUGACCAGAAAGGAUUGGGAGUAUGGCAAAAGAUGAUCAGACCUCUCCCUGACGUUUUUGACAGAUUUUGGCUUCAGAUUAUUGCAUCCUGGAAAGCUGGAUCAGAAGCCAUCAUUGCCUUUGAUAAUGUGUCUCUCAGCCUGGAUUGUUAUCUGACAAUCAAUGAAGAGAAGACAUCUCGACACAACAGACCAGACGCAGGCAAUCUGCUCUAUGAAAGAGGUAGGGGGGAAGGACAUUUUGAAGAAAAACCCACACAGUUUCCUGUUACAAUUGGCUUUGCAGAUAAUUGGGUGUUUUCCACCUGUGGUGCCAGUGGAUCACAAGGACCUACUCAGACCCAGUGUAAUGAUUUCUAUAAGAUCUCUAAUAUCAGUGUACUGGUAGGAACAGAGGAACAUUUUCCUGGUGUACAGAUAUGGAGAGUUCCUGCAGCCAAUACAUACAGCAUCUCAGGCUAUGGAGCAGCUGGUGGCAAAGGAAAAAACAGUAUGAUGAGAUCACAUGGUGUGAAUGUUGUGGGAAUAUUUCCACUUGAGAAGAAUGAUACCUUAUAUAUCUUGGUGGGACAACAAGGAGAAGAUGCUUGUCCUAGUAUCCAUCAUGCCAUACAGAAAGUUUGCCGUGGAGAGAAUAAUGUGGUUGAAGAUGAAAUUAAAGCAAAUGGAAGCAUCCAAGAAUGGGCAGGAGGAGGAGGUGGAGGAGGAGGUGCAACUUACAUAUUUAAGAUGGAGAACGGAAAGCCAGUGCCCUUGAUCAUUGCAGCAGGAGGAGGUGGCAGAGCCUACAGGGCCAAAGCCUAUGUAUUAAACCAUGAAAGGCUGGAGGAUGAUUUAUCUAUUCCAGGGUUCAAUGGGAAAUCUGGAGCCGCAGGUGGUGGAGGCGGCUGGAAUGAUAACACUUCCUUCCUCUGGUCGGGAAAAUCCUUGCUGGAAGGCGCUACCGGAGGAAAAUCGUGCCCCCAGGCCAUGAAGAAGUGGGGGUGGGAGACAAGAGGGGGUUUCGGAGGGGGUGGAGGGGGGUGCUCCUCAGGUGGAGGAGGCGGAGGAUAUAUAGGUGGCAAUGCAGCAGAACAAAAUGACCCAGAGAUGGAUGGAGAGGAUGGUGUAUCCUUUAUUAAUAGCCAGUAUGGUUCACUCUUUACUCCUGCUUUAAAAGUGACAGAGGGGCAUGGUGAAGUCAGCAUUAAGCUAUAUUUGAACUGCAGUCAUUGUGAUCAUGAUAUGUGCCAUGGAGAUUUGAAGACUCAGGAAAUUGUUUGCAUUUGUGGCUAUGGAUAUGUGUUGGCUAAUGAUGGUGUCUCUUGCAUAGAUGAACUGAUCCUGCCCACCAAGAAUCCUUCUCUUUCUUUGGUUUUGUCAGUAGUGACUUCAGCUCUGGUUGCUGGUCUUAUUCUAGCCUUCUCAGGGAUUAUGAUAGUGUAUCGGCGGAAACACCAAGAGCUGCAAGCUGUGCAGAUGGAGUUACAGAGCCCUGAGUACAAGCUGAGCAAGCUGCGCACUUCCACAAUUAUGACAGACUAUAACCCCAAUUACUGCUUUGCAGGAAAAACGACUUCCAUUAGUGACCUCAAAGAGGUGCCCCGGAAAAAUAUUUCUUUGAUAAGGGGUCUAGGCCAUGGAGCUUUUGGGGAAGUGUAUGAAGGUCAGGUGAUUGGAAUCCCCACUGACCCCACUCCUCUUCAAGUGGCUGUAAAGACAUUACCAGAGGUUUGCUCAGAGCAAGAUGAGUUGGAUUUCCUGAUGGAAGCUCUUAUAAUAAGCAAGUUCAAUCACCAGAAUAUUGUACGCUGCAUUGGAGUAAGCUUACAAGCUCUGCCUCGCUUUAUUUUGCUGGAGCUUAUGGCUGGAGGAGACUUGAAAUCUUUCCUGAGGGAGACACGACCAAAGCCGACCCAUCCCUCCUCGCUAAUCAUGCUGGAUUUGCUCCAUGUAGCUCGUGAUAUUGCUUGUGGUUGUCAGUAUUUGGAAGAAAAUCACUUCAUUCACAGAGACAUUGCUGCUCGAAAUUGCCUCCUUACCUGUAAAGGUCCUGGAAGAAUAGCUAAAAUUGGAGAUUUUGGGAUGGCCAGGGACAUAUAUAGAGCUAGCUACUACAGAAAAGGAGGGUGUGCGAUGCUGCCUGUCAAAUGGAUGCCACCUGAAGCCUUCAUGGAGGGAAUAUUUACAUCAAAAACAGAUACCUGGUCAUUUGGAGUGUUGUUGUGGGAAAUAUUCUCGCUUGGAUAUAUGCCCUAUCCCAGCAAAAGUAACCAGGAAGUCUUGGAAUUCGUCACAAGUGGGGGAAGGAUGGAUCCACCCAAAAACUGUCCUGGUCCUGUAUAUCGCAUUAUGACCCAAUGCUGGCAACACCAGCCAGAAGACAGGCCAGAUUUUGCCAUUGUUCUGGAGAGGAUUGAAUACUGCACCCAGGAUCCUGAUGUCAUCAAUACAGUUCUGCCCGUGGAGUAUGGUCCAUGCAUUGAAGAAGAAGAAAAGGUUCCCGUGCGUCCUGAAGAUCCUAAAGCAAUUCCUCCUCUGUUAGUGUUGCCACAGCGAGACAAGAAGGGUGCUGAGCAGCUCCCACCUUUCCCAUCAUCUCUCCCUUUUGUCAUUCCAGCAGGAAAAGCUCUCCUGAAAGCAGCUACUAUUGAGCCAAUUACCCAGGCUAACAUCCAAACUUCCCUAGAAGGGGGGCAUGUCAACAUGGCAUACACUCAAUCAAUUCCUGCAACAGAGCUCCACAAAACCCGGGGGUCCAGAAAUAAGCCUACCAACCUCUGGAACCCAACAUAUGGCUCUUGGUUUUCAGAGCAGCCAAUUGUCAAAACGACUUCUCAGCUGGAGAAAGAGGCAACAGAGCAGGAAGAUUCAACGCAGGAAGGCAGCUGUACUUUGGGGGCCAGCAUAAUGGCUGGAAGGCUACCAAGCUCUUCCCUUCUUCUAGAACCAUCUUCACUUACAGCCAGUGUUAAGGAAGUGCCUCUCUUCAGGCUCCGCCAUUUUCCUUGUGGCAAUGUUAACUAUGGAUACCAACAGCAAGGCCUUCCCUUGGAAACCUCAGCCCCACCUCUGUGCCAGCAGUUACGAGGAUCUUCACCUUAGGAACCAGUUCCAUUAACCUCUAAUCUUUUUGACUUUCUUCCCAUGUGACUCGUGAGCCUUGGCACAAACUUCAGUGUCAACCAUAUAGCAAGCACGAGAACAGAACAAAUUUCCCUUCUGUUAUGUGCCAAUCUGCUCUGAAGUGCCAUCACCCUUGAAGUUCGUUUUUUUUAAUCUCUUAAGUUUCAAUUUAUCAGUGCUCCUUUAUAUACACACCUACACACUCACACCUAUGAACAAACAUAACUGUCUGAGAUAAUAAUCACUAUUACAAGCAAGGCCCUGCCCUCAAUUGCAUAAUAUCACUUGCAUGGUUGUUUGCUAUGGCCUUUCCUGUGUGCUGCUUCCUCUUAGUUGUUUAUAUGCCAUUUCAAGACUCGCUGGCCAAGUGUUUAAUGUUUAGGGAUUUUAUAUACUGCCAAAGCAAUGUUAUGGAUGUCCUCAUGGUUUCAGAGAAGGGAAAUGUCCUCCUGUCAAAGGCAAAGUCAGAUAACAUGGACUCUGAAAGAGCUCAUAUUCAAAUAGCACCACAACUACCAAAUGCAUGCAAAACUAUGGAGACCUAGCAACAGAAUAGCUAAAUGUGUCAAUGUCACUCUUUUUUUUUUUUUUUUUUUGGGGAGAUGGAAAUUGCAGAUAGUCAAAGAACAUGACCAAAUGCAAUGGAUUACCUUGGCAAGACAGUAAAAACCCUCUCCCUUUCCCAUCCAUUGUGAUUGUUGGUUGGCAACAUUUGAGCAGUUAAAUCUAACACUUAUCUUUCAGCAUGUAUUCAUGUCAUUGAUGGAUCUGCCAAAAUAUGGCAGAUGAGCAAAGGAUUAUCAAGACAGUAAAGGCCAGAUUGCAUACUACUGAAACUCUCAUUAUGUCACUGUCAUUAUGUCAUUGCUGAGGGCAAAGCCUGGCAAUCAGAGGAAGAGAGUCCUUUGGUAUACUAUCAAAUUCUUCCAGGGUGUGAAGAUACUAAUUAUUAUAAUAUGCGUUGUAGUUUAGAAAACCAAAGGUUUUUAUAGAACAAGAAUUUAGGAGAAAGGGAUGUUAAAAAAAUCCUCAUUGCUCAUUUUUCUAAACAUAUAUAUACAUAUACUGAUAAAUUAGGACUUUAAAACAAUUAUAUUAAAAUUCAGCAUGCCAUAGAGCCACAAUCCAACAUGCUUUACAGCUUGUUGAAACAGCCAUUAAUUUGACUUGAAUUGAAAAUUGAAUAUUAAAAUAUCUUACUUUGUGAUUAAUUGCCAAAAUUGUAUCUACACAGUAAUACCUACUGGGUGAAAAAAUGAGAUGGUGAUGCUUGUGGUAUGAGAAUAUUGAUACAAAUUAAGAUCUUAGUAUUGUUCCAAGCAGGUAAACUACUGCAUUGAGCCAAAGUUGCUACUCAGGUGUGCAACUUUCAACCAAUUUUCUAGCUUAAGUGAAAAAAGUAGUAUCUUAAGUGGUCAUACUGAUCCAAUCUUUGCAUUACUGUAAAGAUAAAUGAAGAUCACUUUGUGCCUCCUGUCUUUGUUUUAAGAUCCUAAAUGCAGCUAUAGUUCUGUGCAAUUUGCACUGCAUAAGUUCAUUAAUUUCCUUAGGCCUCGUAUGCAAAUGAAGAUGAGUGAUCUUCUUCGAUGAAAGCAAAUAGUAUUGUCUGUCUGUGACUCUUGGCUUGCUGUAAUAACAGUCAACAGAACUUGCUCUGUAAAUUAGGCAAACAGAACAUUAACCCAUCCCAUUGUCCUGUCAGGAAGUAACCAAAAUUCUUAAAAUAUAGUUUAAAGUGAGGCUGGCUUUCUCUCUGCUCUGAGCAACCACUUAUUACCAUUUUACAUAGGGAGCCCCAUGUUCUGUAGCUGAGUCAGGGAGCUUAAAUUAGUAAGUAUGUGGGUUUCCUGCUUGACAUUUCUACUUGCAUAUAGCAGAAAUCACAUUCUUUGUGAGAAUUGUUCCUUAUACUGAUAAGACCAGCAAUUACCAAACCAAUCAACAGUUACAUUCUGUCCUGCCUUCACAAGAGGGGAAUAGCCAGCCCCCUUAAUUGCAAAAGUAUGAGAAACUGGACAAGAGAUUUUUACCAUACAGUAAAUUGCUUCUGCAUAACAGUAUCAUCUGAAAGUAAGAAAUUUACUAGAAUAAGUAUGAAGCUUCGCUCCUGAAAAUCUGGGCAAGAAACAGUUAAUCCAAGGAACAUUUUUUUUCAAAGCAAGUAGUACAUUAAAUUACAAGGAAAUUUAAGGUUGCAAUAGAAGAAUUCUAGCAAAUACCUUACUUUCAAAUAAGCAAUUAUGGGGGCAAAACUGCUGCCUAUUUUCUUACACAAGUACAGUUUAAGAGUUUUCUUUCUUAUGAAGGUGGGACGCAAUGUAGCAGAUGAUCAUUUUGGUCAAUAUUAGUCUUAUCACUGCAAUUCCUGUUUGAUUCAACUCAGGAUAAUUAAAAGCAGCGUUCUGGAUUCUGUAAAAUACAGAAUAUAAUACUUAAGCAGGCUGUGGUGUUGCAGUGACUACACCAAACCUGUCAUAGCUUAUUAAUGCACAUUAUGUAGUUGUGUGUGCUGUACCAUUAUUUUACCUCUUCCAUUAGCCAAGGACAGCACUGGUCAAGAAUUUAUCUGGAAUGUCAUUUAUUAUAGUUUCAGUAUAUGCCAGAAUUCAUAGAAAACUCAACAAACCAGUAGACAUUCUUACUCUCCCAGCAAAAGGCCCUCAGUGGUGUAAUUUUGUACCCUUGAAAAUGAUUGUACUGAGAUGUGAUUGCUUAUUGUGUAUAAAAUGGUCAGCCAUAUAAUUCUCUAAAGAAAUAAAUUUAUCUUGAUGCUUGCAAAGCUUACAAAUAUCAUUAUGAAGAGAAUCUUGAGUCUUUCCACAGCAGUUAUUUAUAGAGGACAUGGCUGGAAAAAUUUAGUUUACAAUGCUAUUAAGUAUCUAGCACAAAUGCAUCAUCAAGCAUUUAAGUUACGCUAUUAGGAUAGCAUCAAAUGCUAUGCCAGGGACAGCACAUAGACCAUAAAUCAAGCUGUAGGACCAUCACAAAUACAUGGGAAUCAUGCUGACCUAUAAAGGAAUGUGUUCCCUAUGAAUAAACCCUCACGUGGGCAGAAGUCACUUUCAAUAACGUAUAUGGCCAAAGUGGCAGAUUUAGGGAAAUGCUGAAGGAAUAUGUCACACAAUUUGCCUUUUAGCUGAUCAGAGAUGCAAAUCUCUUUCCGAGGCAUUAGCUUUGAAGCUAUAUGGAAAACAUGCAUUCAUACUUCCCUACCUUGAAGUCUUACAGGGACAAGCACUAAAGAAAAAAUGUGGUUGCUACAGGAGCUAAAGUCUUGUUUUUUUAUACACACACUAUAGUUGCACUGCAGCAGCAGAGAAACACCCCCCACACCCACCCACACAGAGUAGUCCCCCAAUAAUUACAGUUUCAGAAAAGUAUACAGUUAUAGAAAAAUCAGUGAAGCAGAGGCAAGGAGAAACUAGCAUCCCUAAACUAUUUAUGGUAUGAGUCAUUUCUCCAAAUAUUCUCCUUCAACGUGUGUCUUGAUGGCUGCCUCCAGAACAUUGUCAAUUACUUUGCCUCGAGUAAUAAACUUAAUGGUACUAGAACACCACCAGGAGGAUCCUUCUUUCAUAAAUAUCUUAUAUGAGCAGGGUAAAAUGAAUUACAAAGCACUUACUGAUUUACCAUAAUACAGCCAGUCAACCUCCUAAUUUUUAUCCCUUGUGAAAGCCAGAGUCUUGUAAAAUUCGGAUAGAUUUGGAAUUUGCUUUGUAAUAUAGCAGCUUUUUUUAAAAAAAAAUUAACAGAUGUACAGCAAACUUAGUGAACAUGUUUGAGAAGUGUCUGGCUCAGUGGAACCCCAGAUAUCACACUAGAAAGGCCAGUCUUGAACUGUGGCUUCCAUUCAUUUGGAGGUUCAUUAGCUUUGAACAAUAUAUUAGGAGAACGAGAUGUUAAAUAAGGUAGAAUUAGGUCAUGUUCGUGGAUAAGACUAAUGGAAAGUAUCCUCUUAGAUCCACACCUGCCCCCAUUUUUGUACAGCCUAUUUUCAGAUUCUGACAUUUAGAAAGAGUAUUCUCUUUGUGGGAAAGGGAGUAGAAUUCUAAUAUAGGUCCAAGGGAUGCUGUACAUUCAAACAGGACAUCUUUUUUUCUCCAUUUUGCCUGGAAUGAUGACACUGCUGUAGGUGUAAUUUUUACAUUGCUUCUCUUCUCUGGUAUUAGAUGCGUGAGAAGUCAGAUAGAAAGCAUAUUGCAAAAAUAAGCCUGUUUUUCAUGGGAUGUGCUCUUGAAGUGGACAUGCAUAGAAGUGUCACAACACACAACGGAACAUACAGUAAAAUCUAUUUAUUUUCUAUCUUUCUUUCUAAAUCUACAAAGUUUAGGCCAUGGGAAUGGAGUUUUGCUGGGCUCAUUUUGCAGGGCAUGAUAGUUGCUGUUCUUUAAGAAUUUCCUUUCAGAAAUCUGUUUCUGUUAAGAGAAGCCAUCAAGCUAUGUCCACGCUUUGAACAAGUACUACCAUUUCAAGGGCUUUUUGCAGUUACACGUCUCAACCCUCUGUGCCUCUCCUUGUCUGUAUCAGAGCUUUGUCAUUAGGAAUGUGAUUCAUGUUUGUACAGAAGCUCGUGCAACAUUAUUCAUACACCAAGGGCCUAUGCAUUUCAGGGAUCCUUCUCAAAAAUCAAAUACUAAUAUAUGGUCAUUACAUAUUUUCUAUUGUAUUUGUAUUGUAAUCGAGUGUAGUGAACCUAAAGCAU